AUGGAGCCGUCACCGGCAGGGCAGGAAGAGAAGCGGGCAGGCCGCUUCCGCGCCAGCGAGCACCAGCACACUCGUUACAACCCUCUGCGGGACGACUGGGUGCUGGUGUCUGCCCACCGGAUGAAGCGCCCGUGGCAGGGGCAGCUGGAGAAGCCGCCCCCCGAGGAUGUACCUCGCUGGGACCCCAACAAUCCUCUGUGCCCCGGCACCACCCGGGCCAACGGCGAGGUGAACCCCCAGUACGAGGGCACCUUCGUCUUCCCGAAUGACUUCCCUGCGCUUCAGCCUGAUGCCCCAGAGCCUGAUGACAGUGAUCACCCCUUGUUUCGAGCAGCAGCAGCCCGGGGUGUGUGCAAGGUGAUGUGCUUCCACCCUUGGUCGGACCUGACUCUUCCUCUCAUGUCCCUGGCAGAGAUCCGGGCUGUCAUCGACACGUGGGCAGAACUGGCCACUGAGCUUGGUGCCUCCUACCCCUGGGUGCAGAUCUUCGAGAACAAGGGAGCGAUGAUGGGCUGCUCCAACCCGCACCCCCACUGCCAGGUGUGGGCCAGCAGUUUCCUCCCAAAUGAGGCACGCUUGGAGGAUCGAACCCAGCGGCAGCACCUGAGCCAGCAUGGUGUGCCCAUGCUGCUGCAGUAUGCCGAGCAGGAGGCUCAUCGGAAGGAGCGGCUGGUGGUGGAGAAUGAGGACUGGCUAGUUGUGGUGCCGUAUUGGGCCACCUGGCCCUACCAGACCCUGCUGCUGCCCCGCCGCCAUGUCUGCCGCCUCCAGGACCUCAGCGAGGAGGAGAGGGACAGUCUGGCCUCCAUCAUGAAGAGGCUGCUCAUCAAAUAUGACAAUCUCUUUGAAGUUUCAUUUCCCUACUCCAUGGGCUGGCAUGGAGCACCUAUGGGCCCCUACCUGGAGGAGGACUGUGGGCAUUGGCAGCUCCAUGCCCACUACUAUCCCCCGCUGCUUCGCUCUGCCACUGUCCGCAAGUUCAUGGUGGGCUAUGAGAUGCUGGCACAGGCACAGCGUGACCUCACCCCAGAGCAGGCAGCUGAGCGCCUGAGAAACCUCUCUGAGAUACACUACAAGCAAAAGGUCAAGGAGAUGUGAUGGUGAGCA